AUGAAUAGGUCUGGUCAAGUUCUCAGUAAAAUGAGUAAAACUUAUCUUUUCGAUGGGUUAGAAUUUUUAUUUAUACCAAAUAUAAAUUCAUCAAAAGUUACCUUUACUAGGAAAAAUUUAGCUAGGAAUGGUGGUGCUUCAGUUGCGAAGAAAUUUGAUCAAGAUACUACAACACAUGUUUUAGUUGAUACUAAAGUAUACUUGACAAAAGAUAAGAUCAGUGCUGGUUUGAAAAAUGCAAAAGUUCCAAAAACUUUCCAACCAGGUAAAAUAUUAAAUCAAACUUGGUUAGUUGAUUCAAUUGAACAACAAAAACUAUUAGAUACUAAAGAAUAUAUCAUAAAACUAGAUGAAUUAAAACCUGAAACGAGAAAGGAAUCACCGGCUUCCAAGCAACAUAUUGAAAACUUACAAAAACAAGAAACAAAGGAAAAAUUAAUUGCUGAAAGUUCAACAGGUAACCCCAAUGAACGUACAAUCUUUUUGUUAAAUCAAAUGGCCGAAGAAAGAUUAUUACAAGGUGAACAUUUCAAAGCAAAAGCAUACAAAAAUGCAAUAAAUGCCUUGAAUAAUACUGGUGAUUUUAUAAGUGAUGCAAAUGAAGCAUUAAGAUUAAAAGGAAUUGGUGUAUCAGUUGCUCAAAAAAUCGAAGAAAUUGUUAAGACAAAUACAUUAUCAAGUUUAAAUGAAAUUAAAUCUGAUAAAGAACAUCAAGUUUCAAAACUUUUCAUGGGUAUCCAUGGAGUUGGUCCAGUUUCUGCUAAAAAAUGGUAUAAUGAUGGUUUAAGAACUUUAGAAGAUGUUUCACAAAAACCAGAUUUAACAAGUAAUCAAACCUUGGGGUUAAAAUAUUAUGAUGAAUGGUUAGAAAGAAUUCCUAGAGAUGAAUGUACCCUGCAUAAUGAAUUUAUGAGUGAUUUAGUUUCACAAAUUGACCCACUAGUUCAAUUUACCAUUGGUGGUAGUUAUAGACGUGGUUCACCAACAUGUGGAGAUGUUGAUUUCAUAAUAACAAAACCAAAUGCAGAUAAUGAAGAGAUGAAGGAGAUUCUAGAGAAAAUAUUGGUCAAGAUUGAACAAGUUGGUUAUUUAAAAUGUUCAUUACAAAAAAAACAUAGUACAAAAUUUCUUAGUGGAUGUGCAUUACCACCAAAUUAUGCAUCAAGAUUACCUGAAUAUUCUGAAGGAAAAUGGGGGAAAUGUCGUCGUAUUGAUUUCCUAAUGGUUCCAUGGAAGGAAAGAGGUGCAGCAUUUAUUUAUUUUACAGGUAAUGAUUAUUUUAAUAGACUGAUAAGAUUAAAAGCCGUUAAAAAUGGGUUAGUGUUGAAUGAAAGUGGAUUGUUUAAAAGGAUUAAAUAUGUCCAAGGUAAAAAUGUUGAAGAUAAAACAAUGUUAAUUGAAAGUUUUAGUGAAAAAAAGAUUUUCAAAUUAUUAGGUUUUAAAUAUGUUCCACCAGAACAAAGAAAUUUUGGUGCAAAUAAUCCACCAUCCAAGUUGGGGAAACAUUUAGAUCAAUUUAGGAUUGAUCAUAAAUAUUUUGAUAAAGUUGUUAAAGAAGAAAUUAUUGAUGAUGAUGUGAUUGAAGUUGAUUAA